ACACUCAGCUAUGACAGGGAUCUAUUCGUGUCCCAUGCCUGGCUCCAGCUGCUCAGGUCAUUCCCCGUGUGACACAUGCCAGUCCCCUAGCUGACAGCAGCCAGGCAGGCAUUCCCUCUCCCCCCAGCUGCAUUGUGGGUACACAGAGAAGCAGAAUCAUGUAAAGAUGGCUGAGAAGCAGAAGCACGACGGACGGGUUAAAAUAGGACAUUACAUCCUGGGGGACACGCUGGGAGUCGGCACCUUUGGAAAAGUGAAAAUUGGGGAACAUCAGCUGACUGGACAUAAAGUGGCUGUGAAAAUUUUAAAUCGACAGAAGAUACGAAGUUUAGAUGUGGUUGGAAAAAUCAAGCGAGAAAUACAAAACCUGAAACUUUUUCGUCACCCGCAUAUAAUCAAACUGUACCAGGUGAUAAGCACUCCAACUGACUUCUUUAUGGUUAUGGAAUAUGUAUCUGGUGGAGAAUUAUUUGAUUACAUCUGCAAACAUGGGAGGGUUGAGGAAUCUGAAGCGAGGCGCCUCUUCCAACAGAUUCUGUCUGCUGUUGAUUAUUGUCACAGGCAUAUGGUGGUCCAUCGAGAUCUGAAACCCGAGAAUGUGCUGCUGGAUGCCAAUAUGAAUGCCAAGAUAGCUGACUUUGGAUUGUCUAACAUGAUGUCAGACGGAGAAUUCCUGCGAACCAGUUGUGGCUCUCCAAAUUACGCUGCACCUGAAGUCAUAUCGGGAAGGUUGUAUGCAGGCCCUGAGGUGGACAUCUGGAGCUGUGGCGUUAUACUAUAUGCUCUCCUCUGCGGAACGCUUCCAUUUGAUGAUGAGCAUGUCCCAACUUUAUUCAAAAAAAUUAGAGGCGGAGUAUUUUACAUCCCAGAGUACCUGAACCGCUCCGUCGCUAAGCUGUUAAUGCACAUGCUUCAAGUAGACCCUCUUAAGCGAGCCACAAUCAAGGAUAUGAGAGAACACGAUUGGUUUAAACAAGAUUUGCCAAGCUACUUGUUUCCUGAAGAUCCCUCGUAUGAUGCCAACGUAAUUGAUGAUGAAGCAGUGAAGGAAGUUUGUGAGAAAUUUGAAUGUUUGGAGUCAGAGGUCAUGAACAGCCUGUAUAGCGGUGACCCUCAGGACCAGCUAGCUGUGGCAUAUCAUCUUAUUAUAGACAAUCGCCGAAUAAUGAACCAAGCCAGUGAGUUCUACCUCGCCUCUAGUCCACCAUCCACCUCAUUUAUGGAUGAAAGUUCUCUCCAUUUCCCACCUGGUGUCAAACCUCACCCUGAACGGAUGCCACCAUUAGUGGCAGACAGCCCCAAAGCAAGAUGUUCCUUGGAUGCCUUGAACACCACCAAGCCUAAACCCUUAGCUGUGAAAAAAGCAAAGUGGCACCUGGGGAUUCGUAGCCAGAGUAAACCUUAUGAUAUUAUGGCUGAAGUAUACCGGGCUAUGAAGCAGCUUGAUUUUGAAUGGAAGGCGGUCAACCCUUAUCAUCUGCGAGUUCGAAGAAAGAAUCCAGUUACUGGUAACUAUGUGAAAAUGAGCCUGCAGCUGUAUCAGGUGGAUAAUCGCAGUUAUCUUUUGGACUUUAAAAGCCUUGAUGAUGAAGUCAUGGAACAAAAAUCAGGAUCCUCAACUCCCCAACGCUCCUGCUCUGCAGCUGGUCUGCACAGACCAAGACUGAGCAUCGACUCAGCCUCCCUGGAGUGUCAGUCACAGAGUGCACCUUUUACACUUGUUAAUUCACGUUUAGGGAGCCACACAAUGGAUUUCUUUGAGAUGUGUGCAAGUUUAAUCACCACUUUAGCUGGCUAACACGCACUGGAAUUUUCUACUCUGCAUAAUCUGUGUGAAUCUUAUAUUUUAUAUAUGAUAUGUCAGGAUUUAUUGUCUAACAUUUUUCCCUGCCUUAAGUUUUAUUUGGAAGUUGUUCACAACAUUUUUUACGAAACAAUAAUUAUAAAAAACUAAACAUAUUAAUGUGAUCUGGAUUUAUCACAUAUUUAAAAACAUUUUCAUAUAUCAUUGUUAUCAUUGUGAGUAUGAUUAUUCUUAUUAUUUCAAUUUGUAAAUCUACUUUAAGUAUAUCCAUAGGGGGAGAAAAAUGAUAUAGUCAGUAACACCCCUUAAAGGCUAAAAAAACAAACAAAAAAAACCUUAAAGGAACAGUUUACACUAAAAAUUUCUCCCCUUUAAUUUGUUCCCAGUCAUGCAUUUUACCUGCUAGAGUGUAUAAAAUUGUUCAAAAUUAGAACAUUUACCUUUAUAUCAGCUAUUGAGAUAGCUGAAUUUGCUUGUGGUAUCCCUACCUAUACUAAAAGUUUCUAUACUUAGGUAUAGGCUAUUACAAAGCUAUGUAAAAACAGUCAGCAUAAUAAAUGACACUCCCAGUGGGAGGUAGGUGAGAUGGAAGGCGAGAUAAGUAAUAAAAUAUACAUUUCCAAUUGUUCUCCCUAAGUAUUGGGAUUUAGGAUACAGAGAUGAGCUUUUGUAUGUAGAGAAAGCAAUAACAUAAGGAGCUCUGCAAGCUCAACCCAUUUUGGUCUUUGGUUUACAGACAGAUAUAAGAUCAGGAAGCAUGUGUGUGUACACAAAGUGAUAACAUAAUGAAAUCUGAUUUUAUCUACAUGCUCAACCCAUUUUAUAAGGUUGUGGUUUCAAAGAACAAAAUCAGCUAUUCCAUAUACAAAAUUAAACCGAAAGAAGCAAUUUCACAUACGUUUUAUACUCUGCUGCUAUAAUAAAAAGUAAAUGGAAAAAUAUUAAAGUAAAAAAUAAAUUGCAAUAUACUGCCCCUUUAAACGGAUAUAAUACGUUGCAAAAUAUUCUCUAUUAUUAACAUUUUAAAAUAAUUUUUAAAACAAUAACAACAAAACUGAACACAGUGCAUAGGUUACUACUUCUAGCUGUUGUUAUUAUUAGUUAAAUUUUAAACACAGUGCAAUACUAUUAAUUUAAUUAACAUUACAAAUAGUUGUAUGUUUUGAUAAAAAAGGGUUAUCUGGAGCUUAACCCUUUCCUGACGGGAGUAAUUUGUCUACAUCGGAACAAAGUUCUGAUGUAAAUAAAUUGAAAUCACGCAAUUGUAUGAUUUCAAUGAUGGAAUCGGGUCAGGGGGAGUGCUAUCACGCUAGCCCUCCAGGCUGUGUCCCCAUUCAGGAAGCGCCUUUGUCUUCAGUACACCUAAAUGGUUAGGACGUUCCAUGCCGUCCUAACGGCUCUAAAGCCCAGUGCAGUUAGGACGGUAUGGAACAUCCUAACGGUGUUAAGUGGUUAAUUGUUGACUGAAAACAAAAUAAUUAUAUUCUGGAAAAAGUUUUAAUCCCAGAGAAAAUAGUUUGUUUUUUUGUAAUAUCUAACACUUUUGUGUAUAUUUUAGAUGGGAAAUUGAAUAAUUCUACAAAUUGUUUGCUCAUCAAUAUCUCUAGAUUUUAUAUUAUGUUAUUGCUGUAAACAAUGUUGAACAACUUGCAAAAUGUAUUAGGAGAGAAAAACUUGAUAAAUUCUGAUCAUAUUUCUGUGCAUUGUGCACAGUGUAAGCUAUAGAACACAAAUAUAUGGCAAAACCUGCUGUUUAAUAUAAUUAACAUAUAUUUAAAUUCUGUGGAAAAACCUCAAAAACCCUUUUAGUGACUUGCUAGUGGCCAGCAGAAUAUACAGUAUUUGUGCAAAUUAUAUUAAAGAGCUGCUGUUUGCUUAUUUAAUAUCACUAGAAAUUAUAGUUUAUUUAUAUAGUUAUUAUGAUAGAUGUAUUAUGAAAAGCAGUUUUUAUUUUUAUAAGUGCAUUGCUGUAAUUUAAACUGAAUUUUUUUUUUAAAUAAAAGUAUUUAUAUUCUAAGUAGUAUUUAAAAAUGUAUUAGCAAGAAACCAGGUGUUUAAGUUGCUUUUAAAGAUACAGUGAUGUAAAUAUUCUAUCAUGCAUUUAACCCUUUCGUGCCGGGGUCAACUUGUCUACAUCGGAACAACUGUUCCGAUGUAAACAAAUUGAGAUCUCGCGACCGUGCACGUGAUCACGAGAUGUCAAUGAUGGGAUCACGUCUGGGGGCGUCCCUAUGAUGCUAGGCACGCCCUUCAGACCGCGAUCCUAUCAGGGAAGCGCCAGUGGCUUCAGGAAAGCCAAGCGGUUAGGACGUUGUAUUUCGUCCUUCGGCGCUAAAGCCCAGCAAAAUUCAGACCAAAUACAAUGUCCUAACGGUGUUAAAGGGUUAAAAGGACAUGUUUGAAACAUUAGAAAUCAUUUUCUAAUAAACGUCCUUUUCAUCCCCUGUAAACACUGAUUCAGAAUUUUUGGUCCUCUCUAUCUGACAACCAAGAAAUAUGUGAAGGAAAAUAAUUGUAGGCCAAUCACAGCCAUCAAAAGUUAAACCUCAGGAGUUACUUGCAGAAGUUAAACAUCAGGGGUUCAAUUCUCUAAAGCUGUUUGGACUGGUGAGAUUAUCUGAGUAGUCUUGUCAGUAAUGCGGGGGCCUUCAAAGAAUUUUAAAAAAUCCUAAUGUUAUCUUGAUCUCUUGGCAGUGUUGCGGGUGUGAAGGAGCGAUAUGCACCUAUAUUACAAUCUAAUGCUCAGAAAACCCCCCCACAAUUUUGUGUAACUUCUCUUCAUGCCAGUGAGCUUUGAAGAUAAAGCCCUCAAGCCUGCCCUGUAGAGUAGAUCUAGGUAACAUAGCUCCUGGACAAAAUAAAUAAUGUAUAUUGCAAUGUUUUAUUUUCCUUAAUUUAACAUUUUAUUGGGAGAUCAAAUGUUGACAUUUAGGGAAAGGAUUGUGAACUCCUAUUACACUAAUAAAUGGGUAGGAAUAUGUUGUGAAUGGUUGAGCAAAACGGAUAUGUCAUGUGGCACUGGCAAUGAGGACAGAUUCCUCCUAAACUAUAAAAGGGCAUUUCCUUAUCUUCAGAUCACAAAUUCACUCUUUCAAAUGCAUAAUAGAUCUAUGCAACACAUAAUUCUCUAUAGGAUACACUAUAAUAUCAAUAAUAAAUAAUCACUAUUGUCUUUUUAUGUUACUUUAGAUGAAAGUAUUUAUACGAUUGAGCCUUAAUAUAAAAUAGAUUACUGUAUUGAUGGAAAACUGACAGUGAACUGUUGCGUUUCUGGAGAACGAUAUAAAGUGCCAUGGACUUUAAUUUAAAUGUUUUUCCUUUAACUCAUAACAACGGUUUAUAUUUGUGACAAUCCACAUGUUCAUAAUAUACAACGUAUUUAAUAUAUUAGUUUCAUGUAUCUAUGUUAUAUUCUGUGUGUAGUUUAUGUUUGUCAUAACAGUCAAUGCCACAGAUCAAUUUUAAAAAUAGAUAAGAAGCUAAACUAUUUGCCUAAUGUUAUCCAGAAUCCUUUUCUGCUUUAUGUUUGACAAUAGGGUGCAGAAUUUUGAGAGGAAAUCUGCUUUACUAUUAAAGUUGCAAGUGAUUUUCUUCAAUAAAAAGAAAAGUGUUUAAAAUGUU